AACACCUUACAGUUGAUGUGUCAUCAACAUUAUUUGUAAAUAUUUUGACAAAAAAUCAACCAAACCAUGUCGCAUGUUGUAAAAUUCUCCUCAAUGAAGGGCUUUCCUGCACUCGAUGAAGGACAAAAAAUUCGCACGGAAGAUUUUUUGGCAGCAAGUCGCGAAAUUGUCGCAGUUAUCGAUAAAUUUGGAAAACUAUUCAAGCCAGUUGUGUAUGACAUGCAAGGAAACAUCGAAAAACUCGAAAAAAUUUUCGAAAAUGAUCCAAAUGGCAACGAAUUCAUCGAAGAUAUGGUUUUAAAUGAGAAAGGAGUUACGGUUGACGCGCUUUUAUGGCUUAAAAGAGCUCUGGAGAUGCUUGAGCAGUUCUUCACAAAUAUCCUAAACGACCAAAGUUGUGAUGAAAGCUUGAAAGGACACAUUCGGAAGGCGUACAGUGGCACGUUGCAACAAUAUCACGGAGUUUUUGUGCAAAAAACGUGUUCAUUCUUUUAUCGCUUCAUCCCGUACCGAUCGACACUUUUGGGCACCGAUGACGUUCAUCAAGAAAACCUAAAGGCUUUGGAAACAUUUUUACCGCCUCUCCGUUCGCAUCUCACCCAACUCCGUACCUUUUAUUCACGUCACAACCUCGAUAACGCGAAAAAAGUUUAAAUUUUUAGUCUUUUGCGCUUUCUUUAGCCGUUCGCGUCUCUCGUGACUUCAACAAUUGCUGCAAAUGGAACUGUUCAGCACGUUCCUUGGACCGUCCCUUGAUCGCAAAGAAGGCAAUGACGAUCUCAAGUGCAAGCAAAGCCGUCGUAAUAACUUCCAUGCACCACGCAAGCAGAAAUUUUUGAAUUUGGGGCGCCGAAAUGCUCAAAUAAAGUUGCAUGGGGAACUGCAAAAAAGUCGACAGGAUCCAAAAACCGGCAAAAUCGGGUAUUUUGUCUUUUAGGUUGCCCGAAUAGCCGAGAUAGAGCCGCAAACAUUCGAUUGGCGUGAUGAGGAGCAACGAAAGGAUCGACAGGGUCUUGUGAAUUGUUGACAAAUAAUCGAACUAAAAAUAAAAUUUAAUGGAAUUAAUUAAAAAAUGUUGAAAAAACAUAAAAAUUUGAAGAAACCUCAUAGUAGAGCGAUAAAAUUGCCGCAAUAAACCACAUUGGAGCACAAUAAACGUUAAGAAACAGCAAAAUUUGUAAACUUAAACUUGGAUUAUAAGGUUUAUCUGUGAAAAAAAAAUUUUUUUAGCAUUAAUUCAUUAAAAAAUUUAAUUAAAUUAACCAAAA